CCUAUAUAUUCUGCAUGUAUUGAGGUAGCCCAGUCCCACAAGAGCCGCGUGUCCACGGGAUUCUCUCUCAUGCAGUAGCCACUACCUGCAGGGGCAACGAAGAACUAAAUGAGAAUAAGACGCAGAGAACAGAGUCCUGGCCGCCAGACGCAUGUGGAUGAAAAUACAGUGAGAUGAGUCAGAAAAUGACCAAGGAGGGCCCCAGGCUCUCCAAGAAUCAGAAGUUCUCGGAGCACUUCAGCAUCCACUGUUGCCCACCCUUCACCUUCCUCAACUCCAAGCGCGAGAUCGUGGACCGCAAGUACAGCAUCUGCAAGAGCGGCUGCUUCUACCAGAAGAAGGAGGAGGAUUGGAUCUGCUGCGCUUGCCAGAAGACCAGCCGCCGUGCCAGGUCCCCCCAGAAGCCCAAGCUCCAGCCAGCUGCGUCCCCCGUGGUGGUCAGAGCGCCGCCAGCCAAGCCCAAGUCCCCUCCGAGGCCAGCCAAGCCAAGGUCCCCUUCGAGGACUGAGCGCCAGCCGCGACCCCGCCCAGAGGUCCGACCACCACCAGUCAAGCAGAAGCCCCCUCAGAAGUCCAAGCCACCAGCACGCAGCAGCCCCCUCAGAGGGCCAGGCACCAGCCGUGGGGGGUCUCCCACCAGAGCUCCUAGGUUCUGGUAACACCAUCUCUUGCCUUUUGUCUCCCCCCCUAGCCUGAGAUUGAAAAGGAGGAGCAGGUCAACCCCAAGAAAAAAGUGACCGAGAAGGGAUUUCCCGUGAAUGGACGGCCUCCGCCUGUGGACUUACUACUUCGCAAGCCAUCUGCCCUCAGACAAACUAUCUGGUCUCAAGGAUGAAGCAGGGUCAGACGCCUGCUGACGUGACAGCUACAGAUGCCCUCAGUCCUCACGGUGUGGGAGCCUCAGGGCAGCCUGCCUGGAGUACGUUGAUGAUACCACCCCACCGCCUCCCUCUAUAACUGCUGAUGAGAGACCUGCCGUCAAUCUUCUCGACUCAUGGACUCAGGUACUUCUAGCUGAAGAUUCGUGUGUCUUCAGGGAUGUGCAAAACAAGUUCGUGUUGCACAGCUAUCCAAAUGGCAAAUAUAAAAGAGAAACUGCCCAGCAUUGGCAUUAAUGUGAAGAAAGUCCCAGAAGCUACUGAUGGAAUUUAUACGUUGUCAUAACACAUGCCAUAAUAUCACUGUACUCCAGGACACUAGCAAGGCAGGGUGUCUUAAAACCUCUAACCAAGUAACUAUAAUUUUAGGCAUCCAUCCUGGAGAAAACUUGCACACUUUUAGAGAAGAGAGAAAUGCACAAAUUUGUUUAAAAGAUCAAGGUUUGUAGUUAAGAGAGGAACAUAGAAUGUAACUAACCAAAACGUCUACCCACAGGGGAAUGAGAGAAUCAGUUUUGGGAUAUCUGCAAAUAAUGUUCUAACCAGCAGUUAAAAGUCAAUCUGUCAGAUAGACCCUGUCAAGCAGGAAAAUCUAGAAACCACAGCCAGGACUACGCAAAGCAAGCAUCAGACAGUAAGCCCAGUAUGACAUCCUAUGCAUAAAUAUUGACAGCCCACAGUUUUAUAUUGGUUAUUGCUCAACAAGGAGAAGUCAUAAGACCUCAUACUUUUUCUAUAAUGCCACAGGAUUUAAAAAUGACAGUAAAAUACAAAGAUAUUAAAAACAAAUCCUCUCAGAAAUAAAAGUAUAAGAAAUAAUUCCUGGCUUGAAGAAAUAACCCAGCCUAAAAGUUACACAGGAAUGGUUUAACACCACCUGCUGGACAUACAUUUGUUUGGAGAGAGUAAAUGGGAAAUUUGUCAGCAGCCUGGGAUGCUUCCAUGGUUGGUUAUAUAAUUCUUAAACACCAAAAACAUUUGUUUUGAAUCCGUUUUGGGUCUGGGCUAGAGUCCUUGACUUGUGAUGGCUCCUGACAUGGGAGAAAAGGGAGUCAAUUGGAACACAGCUCUCAAAUUUCCCUUUCGGAACAGGUAGAUAGGAAGGGAAAAUAGGAUGUUGGUGAAUGUGCAGGGAUGUAAAACGGACGGUGUUAUGGUGGAGGGAAACGUGAUGUAGGGACUAGAAGAGCAUCAGGGAUGACCUUGUGCUGGGAGCUGGUUGGCCAAGCACAGGCAGAUGGCCGCCACUGCAUCCUCACAGCCAGAGCUGGCAAGGUUCAGACUCAAGUGCAAGGAGGGGGGCCCGUGUUCAAGGUGUGGAUCUGGAGUGGCAGGAAGACAGCAAGGAGGAAGGAAGAGAUGGCUGAGAAUGCUGUGCCCCAGCAAGAAGAAGCAGGCCAAAUACUGUCCCAGGGUACCCAAAGGGUUCCAGCGUCCUAACAGGAGGGCACCGUGGCCCCGUGGAAGCUCCAAUGUGGCCCCGUGGAAGCUCCAAUGUGGCCCCGUGGAAGGUCCAAUGAGAAGGCAAGGAAUUUAACUGCGUAACAACUCAUGCAGAACCUCGGGUGCUAUAUGAACAUCUAAGGUGAUAACGUCUCUGAGGAGCAGGUUCUAACGGUGAGCUGUCCGUGGCCAUCACCUUCCUGAGUAACUGGGCUGGGAAGAACGGGAAUGGGAUAGGAGCACACAGUAGCCCUAUGGUGAGCCUUGCCCCAGCCCAUUCAGGAAACCAUCUUGAUUUUAGCAAAGCGAGACUCCAUCCCCAGGACUCGCUGUUUCACCCUCCCCUCCACGCCACCCCCAAGACCUGGAGUGUGUGUUAACCCAUGCCCAGCACUGGAUAUUAGCCUGUUAAUGUGAAUAACCAGAAACUGCUAAAUUUUGUCUGCCUUCUGUAGAAAUAAAAUCUGGGGAUGGAUCAAACCUA